CUGAACGUGGCUCCUCCGGGUUACUUUACGUGAUGACGUAGGUUGUUUGUUGUGACGUUGGGGGUGGCGACGCCGUGAACCUGAGAAGCAGAAAGACGAGCCAAGAGCUGGGUUAGCUGUCCUACAUUACUCAGACUUUAACUUCCAUCAUGGCAUUGAGAAGCGCAGUGUGCCGUCUCUUGGUCAACCCUCACAGAUGUGCCAUCGUCUCAGCCUCCAGGGCGCAGGGAACCGCAGCACCUGCCAGACGUGAUGCAGAGAAUACCGAUCAGAAAGUUAAAGCAUCUAAGGUCCAGUUCAACUGGCACGACGCCUUGGACCUGGAGGGCCAGCUGACCGAGGAUGAGAUCAUGAUCAGGGAUUCUUUCCGGACGUACUGCCAGGAGAAACUCAUGCCUCGUAUCCUGCUGGCAAACAGAAAUGAAGUGUUCCACAGAGAAAUUGUGUCAGAGAUGGGUGAGAUGGGAGUCCUGGGCCCAACUAUUAAAGGUUAUGGCUGCGCCGGGACGAGCUACGUGGCUUAUGGUUUGAUUGCCAGAGAAGUGGAGAGAGUGGACAGCGGCUAUCGCUCAGUUAUGAGCGUGCAGUCGUCACUGGUCAUGCACCCCAUCAACGCCUACGGCACAGAGGAGCAGAAGCAGAAGUUCCUCCCCAAGCUGGCUCGUGGAGAGAUCCUGGGUUGCUUUGGCUUAACAGAACCGAACCACGGCAGUGACCCCGGCAGCAUGGAAACCAGAGCCAAGUACAAUCCAUCCAGUCGCACCUACUCCCUCACUGGCUCAAAGACUUGGAUCACCAACUCCCCAGUGGCGGACAUCGCUGUGGUCUGGGCCAAAUGUGACGACGGGAAGGUCCGCGGCUUCAUCUUGGAGCGUGGCAUGAAAGGCCUCUCCACGCCUAAGAUCGAAGGGAAGUUCUCCCUGAGGGCGUCGGCCACCGGGAUGAUCCUCAUGGACGAGGUGGAGGUUCCUGAGGAGAACCUGCUGCCUAAAGUGUCCGGUCUGGGGGGUCCGUUCGGCUGCUUGAACAACGCUCGUUACGGUAUUGCGUGGGGCGCUCUGGGCGCCGCAGAGUUCUGCUUCCACGCAGCCCGUCAGUACACUCUGGACAGAAUUCAGUUUGGGGUGCCGCUGGCGAGGAAUCAGCUGAUGCAGAAGAAAAUGGCCGACAUGUUGACGGAGAUCACUAUCGGUUUACAGUCCUGUCUGCAGCUGGGCCGACUCAUCGAUUCGAAGAAAGCCGCCCCAGAGAUGAUCUCCAUGCUGAAGAGGAACAGCUGCGGUAAAGCCCUGGACAUCGCCAGGCAGGCCAGAGACAUGCUGGGAGGAAAUGGCAUCGCGGAUGAGUACCACAUCAUCCGCCACGUCAUGAACCUGGAGGCCGUCAACACGUAUGAAGGUACUCAUGACAUCCACGCUCUCAUCCUGGGCAGAGCCAUCACAGGGUUGCAGUCCUUCACUGUGGACAAAUAGACGGACAGAGACGCUUGUUUAAAAUCCACGCAAGGUUCACGGAUAAUAUCUACAAACUCAUCUGUGUAAUGAAUGUUUCCUCUCAGGUUUAUAGAAAAUAUAUUUGAGUGCUUCAUCUAGAGAGGACAAACAAACUUGUGGACGGUUGAAAAGAAACAUUUUUCAAGAGGGCUAUUUUUCUAUUCCCGGUCACAGCAGUAAGCCGUUACCCCUUUCACUGUAGUAACAGUUUGGAGGUCAAAGUGAAUGCAGAACAGUUAUAAAGCUACGCAUCAACGUCCACUGUGUGCUUGUAAUUUCCUGUAACACUAGUUUUAACUGUGUGUUCUGUGUAAGAUGUAAUCUUACUACUGUGAGGUGUAGGUGCACUUUAAAAGCUCCAGCAUUAAUCCGUAAUAAUGUUGCAUGGUUUUAUGAAAGAUGCCAAUCGGAGCCUCAAACAAACAAAUAAAUAAAUAAAAGUGUUUUGAAAUGUC